UAAGUUCAGUUGCUGUGGUUGGAGCUGUCUGAUCUGACGACGUGAGUAACUGCAGUUUCUGCGUUAUUGUUGAAUAUCUGAUCUGACGGAGACGGCGUGAGUAGCUAGAGUACCUGCGUUUCUGUUGAAUAUCUGAUCUGACGGAGACGACCUGAGUUUCGAGUGAGCCGAGAUGUUCCUGUUUCUUGUCAUGGUGAUGUAUGCCGUCAAACUUGGCGUCCACGCUCAAAACACUACCCAGCCAGCUGGGUUUGCAGAUGAUACACGCGGCGCCUCAACAGUGGCUGCCGAAGCAGCUACCCAGCCAGCUGCGUUUGCAGAUGAUACACGCAGCGCCUCAACAGUGGCUGCCGAAGCAGCUACCCAGCCAACUGAGUUUACAGAUGAUACACGCAGCGCCUCAACAGUGGCUGCCGAAACAGCUACCCAGCCAGCUGCGUUUGCAGAUGAUACACGCAGCGCCUCAACAGUGGCUGCCGUAGCAGCUGUCAAAUUAGCUGCCAAACCAGCAGCUCUAAAGGUAGCUGCAACAUUCCUUGUCGUGUGCGAUAAAUGCGACUACGACAAAGGUUAUGGCUACGUGAGAGACCCAGAGGACUGCAACACCUACUACCAGUGCGUGCGGGAUAAAGGGGUGUACUACACGUUUCACUGUCCGCCAGGCCUGGUGUGGGACGCACAGGCUCUGGCCUGCAACUGGCCGUACCUCGUCUCCAGUUGCUCCGACCCGCCAGAUCCAUGUACGUUCAUGGCCCCAGAUCCAAGCAACCCCUACGGCUACAAGAAGUUGGUCUCAGGGACGUGGCUGGUCAAGGUGUGUCCACUUGGAGAGAUGUAUGACCCUACCACGUGCACGUGUGUACCAGACCCAUGUUACAACAGGGAGUACCAUCCCAGCAACCCCAAUGCCUACAAGCAAUACGUGAACGGGAAGUGGGUCGUCAAGUGGUGCGCAUUCUGGCAGGUCUACAACCGAGACACCUGCACAUGUGUGGCGGACCCGUGCCACCAGAAGAAGGCCCACCCUGCCAACACGCACGUGUACUUGGAGUAUGAAAACUCCAAAUGGAUUGUGCGGCCGUGUGCACCAGGCACGGCAUACAACGAGACCUCCUGCAACUGUGACAUUCACUCCCGCGUGCCGUUCUUUCCAGCCUGUAAGCCUGUUCUGUACCUUCCCCUGUACUACAACACCGAAGACGCCGCUCACGACCACCACGUGGACAACCACGGCGUGUACAUCCACUACGACAUCCCUGCAGCAGUGUGGGAUGGCAGCAGCUCUCUCAGCGUGCCAUACUUCAGAAACGGUUACUAUGGUGAUGAGCUGACCAUAUCCUUCUACUAUUUCCGCAUCGACAACGUCACCCGCGUCGUCGUGAGCAACUCCCUCUGCGAUGGCGUAGAAGCCACAGUCUACAUCAUCGUGGUCCCCGACGGCGUCUGUUUUCACGUCAAAAACAACUACGGCGACACGUUUGUGAUGUGCGUGCCGUGUCCGGGUGCGAUAGGGUGGAGUUUUGCCAUGUUGAAAAUCCAUGAUGGCAAAAUGAUUGGCGUCACUGGAACGGACUACAGGGUGAGGGAUUUCUAUGGCACGAUACCCCCGACGAAGUGCCCGCUGAGUAUCGGCAAGGGUCUUCAUCAUCUAAGCUUCUACGGGAAGAUUGUCCAGUUUGUGGUGUACGUGGGCUGCAACCCUCAUCAAUACAAGAGGGCCUCUGACCUUCUCAAGCAGGGUAGCGUCAAUGCUGCCUUGAUCGGAACCACAAGCCCCCUGCCCGUUUUAGCUUAAACUCUAGGACGUGUCUUCCCCCUAGUGCCCUCUGUAUGCCUGCUUCCUGUUUGUGCAUCUCUAGCCCGUGUCUUCCCCUAGUGUUCCCUGUAUGCAUGCUUCCUGUUUGUGCAUCUGAAGCCCGUGUCUUCCCCUAGUGUUCCCUGUAUGCAUGCUUCCUGUUUGUGCAUCUGAAGCCCGUGUCUUCCCCUAGUGUUCCCUGUAUGCAUGCUUCCUGUUUGUGCAUCUCAAGCCCGUGUCUUCCCUUAGUGUUCCCUGUAUGCCUGCUUCCUGUUUGUGCAUCUCAAGCCCGUGUCUUCCCCUAGUGUUCCCUGUAUGCAUGCUUCCUGUUUGUGCAUCUCAAGCCCGUGUCUUCCCUUAGUGUUCCCUGUAUGCAUGCUUCCUGUUUGUGCAUCUCAAGCCCGUGUCUUCCCUUAGUGUUCCCUGUAUGCCUGCUUCCUGUUUGUGCAUCUCAAGCCCGUGUCUUCCCCUAGUGUUCACUGUUUGCAUGCUUCCUGUUUGUGCAUCUCAAGCCCGUGUCUUCCCCUAGUGUUCCCUGUAUGCAUGCUUCCUGUUUGUGCAUCUCAAGCCCGUGUCUUCCCCAAGUGUCCUCUGUAUGCAUGCUUCCUGUUUGUGCAUCUCUAGCCCGCCCCUGUCUUCCCCUAGUUUCCUGUGUAUGCUAGCUUCCUGUUUGUGCAUCUCUAGCCCGCCCCUGUCUUCCAAUAGUGUCCUCUGUGUGCUUACUUCCUGUUUGUGCAUCUCCAGCCCGUGUCUUCCAAUAGUGUCCUCUGUGUGCUUACUUCCUGUUUGUGCAUCUCCAGCCCGUGUCUUCCAAUAGUGUCCUCUGUGUGCUUACUUCCUGUUUGUGCAUCUCCAGCCCGUGUCUUCCAAUAGUGUCCUCUGUGUGCUUACUUCCUGUUUGUGCAUCUCCAGCCCGUGUCUUCCAAUAGUGUCCUCUGUGUGCUUACUUCCUGUUUGUGCAUCUCCAGCGCGUGUCUUCCAAUAGUGUCCUCUGUGUGCUUACUUCCUGUUUGUGCAUCUCCAGCCCGUGUCUUCCAAUAGUGUCCUCUGUGUGCUUACUUCCUGUUUGUGCAUCUCUAUCCCGUGUCUUCCCCUAAUGUCCUCUGUGUGCUUACUUCCUGUUUGUGCAUCUCUAUCCCGUGUCUUCCCCUACUGUCCUCUGUGUGCUUACUUCCUGUUUGUGGCAUCUCCAGCUCGUGUCUUCCAAUAGUGUCCUUUGUGUGCUUACUUCCUGUUUGUGCAUCUCCAGCUCGUGUCUUCCAAUAGUGUCCUCUGUGUGCUUACUUCCUGUUUGUGCAUCUCCAGCCCGUGUCUUCCAAUAGUGUCCUCUGUGUGCUUACUUCCUGUUUGUGCAUCUCUAUCCCGUGUCUUCCCCUAAUGUCCUCUGUGUGCUUACUUCCUGUUUGUGCAUCUCCAGCCCUUGUCUUCCCCUAGUAUCCUCUGUAUGCUCACUCAUGUUUGUGCAUCUCCAGCCCGUGUCUUCCAAUAGUGUCCUCUGUAUGCUAACUUCGUGUUUGUGCAUCUCUAGCCCAUCCGUAUUUCCCCCUUGUGUCCUCAGGAUGCUAACUUCCUGUUUGUGCAUCUCUAGCCCGUGUCUUCCAAUAGUGUCCUUUGUAUGCUAACUUGCUGUUUGCGCAUCUCUAGCCCGUAUCUUCCCCUAGUAUCCUUUGUAUGCUCACUUCCUGUCUAUGCAUCUCUAGCCCGCCCAUGUCUAACCCUAGUGUCCUCUGUAUGAUAACUUCCUGUAUGUGGCAUGUCAACUUUCGACAUAUCACUAUUGCUAUGGCUAUCACUAUUGCUAUCGCAAUCACUAUUGCUGUGUCUAUCAAAAGUUCAAUGGCUAUUACCAUUGAUGAUGGCUAUCACUAUUGCUCUAUCUAUUAUUUAUUUCUCUGGCUAUCACUUUUUCUAUGGCUAUAAAUAUUUCUAUGGCUAUCACUAUUGCUAUUGUUGUCUCUACCCUUAUCACUAUCACUAUCACUGUCGCUAGUCGUAUCCUUCCUUCUAUAUUUUGUUUUCUCUGAUAUGCAAUAGGUUACCUAUGUAUUCCCUUUUAUUAGACGCAUUUCUUACACGAUCCCCACCUCUGGCCACCCUAUAGAGCUCUACUGCUUCAUGUAACCUGCACCUGCUACUCUCCUCAACCCCUCCCGCCAUUCACACCCCUAUUCAGCCUAUGCAACUGACAAUCAGUUUUGCGACAAGGAAAUGAGCUUGAAAGAGCUUCUCUUUCUGAGUUUGAAUACCUUUGCAUUAAUGAAUACAAAUAACUUGCGCUACAUCACUGAGCUCAUAGAUACACGAGAUAACUACAUAUCCCUUCCUGCUUUUGUCGCUUUUUGUAUGUUAAGGGGACACUUGCGAGACAGGCUGAACGUUGUAUGUUAGGGUGACACUUGCGAGACAGGCUGAACGUUGUGUGUUAAGGGGACACUUGCGAGACAGGCUGAACGUUGUAUGUUAGGGGGACACUUGCGAGACAGGCUGAACGUUGUGUGUUAGGGGGACACUUGCGAGACAGGCUGAACGUUGAAGCACGUGGUAUGCUGCUGGCACUACCGGAUAUCCCUUCCUCUCCCCAUCUUUCUCCUACUACACUGCUGCCUGUUAUAUGUAUUGUAACUGUGAACAUAUUCAUCAACGGCAAAUAAAUGUUUCUCUGCA